AUGGUUACCUUUACUACAGAUUAUUGGGCACCAGCUCUUGAUAGUAAAGCUCGUCGUCGUAUGACUGAAUCAGAAGAAAGAGCUGUUAGAGAUACAAGAGAGCGUAUUAAUAAUGGAAUAAUCUCAGCUUCCACCUCAAAAAACAAUAAAAAGUUACUUGUUGAUAUAACCAACCCAAAUAAAUCUUUUAAUAAUGAUAAGAAAUCUUUCCCAUCAUCUAACAGUAAGCCUGCUACACCUACAGCUGAAACGUUUUCCCUUUCGAAUGCUCCUUCUACUAACGAUAACGUUGUCGUUAACUCUUCAUCACCAAUUGAUCAUAAAUUAUCAAUGGAUGAGCUUGGAAAUGGAGAACAACAGCAAGCAAAAUUGCAAGCUUUCCUUGUAGCCUCGCCCGUAGAAGAGAAAGGAGAUUUCAUAUUUAUUAAUAACACGUCUGAUAAAUUAUCAAUGUUGAAAGAGAUCCUUAACCCUACUCUUGAUCUUGAUAGUCAUAAACAAAUGCAAAGAAGUGAUAGUGGUAGCGAUAAUGGUUUGAUAGACAGUGAAUCAAUGUUAAUUAAAAAAUAUGGUGUAUGUGAUAAAGGUUGUAUUGGUAAAGGUGCAACAGCAGUAGUACGUCUCGCUCAUAAAUUUGAUAAAUCAGAUUCUGAAAGAAAAUUUGCCGUCAAGGAAUUUAGAAAAAGAAAGAAGAAUGAAACGGAAAAGGAGUAUGUCAAAAAACUCACGAGUGAAUUUUGCAUAAGCUCAACAUUACAACAUAUUAAUGUGGUACGUACGGUUGAUUUAAUACAAGACGAAAAUCAUAAUUGGUGUGAAGUAAUGGAAUAUUGUGUUGGUGGUGAUUUAUACACCGCUAUUAAAUCUAAUCAUAUGACCCCGUUGGAAAUAAAUUGUUGUUUCAAACAACUUAUUAUGGGUGUAGAUUAUCUACAUGAUAUGGGCGUCGCUCAUAGAGAUAUUAAACCGGAAAAUCUUUUACUUGACGCCAAAGGUCACUUAAAAAUCACCGAUUUUGGUGUUUCUGAUGUAUUUAGAACUUGUUGGGAAGAGGCUGCUCAUAUGUCAAAAGGUUUAUGUGGCUCCGAACCGUACAUCUCUCCGGAGCAAUUUGAAACAAAAGAAUAUGAUGCGAGGUUGGUCGAUGUAUGGGCGUGUGGUAUAGUAUAUUAUGUGAUGAUGUACCAAAGUAUCCCAUUCAGAAUGGCAACACCAACGGAUCCAAAUUAUGCUAAUUAUUUAGAGAGGAGAAAUUCUGAAAAAUAUGAACCAUUUGAAAAAUUACCUUAUGGUUGUAAAGAAUUGAUGUAUAAAAUAUUAGAACCUAAUGCGACGAAACGUAUUACUAUUGCCCAAAUUAAACAAGAUCCGUGGUUUAAAUCUAUAGAAUCGUGUUCUGAUACUUCUAUAAAAAAAUUAAAACAAUCACAUCAUCAUAUCCCUCCAGAGAUAUUAAAAGAAAUUCAAAAUGGAAACGCUGCAAUGGGAACAGAUAAUAGAUUAAAUGGUGAGAAUAAUAGUAAAAAGUAA